UUUUUAUUUUUUAUUUUUCUUUCAGUUCAUAUACUCUCCCCAUUUUUCUUUCCUUAACUGUCUCUUCAUUUCAUCCCUCAUUUUCAUUUACUACCAACAUCUUCUUCCAUCAAUUUAGACACAAGGAAACUUGAAAACGUGGGUGGGUUUGAAUAUGGAAAUGAGUGAGAUUGAAAAGCAAGAAGCAAACGACAUAACUCACAGUAGAGUGGGAGAAAUUAGUGAGGCUGAUCAAAGGCUUUGCGGUAAUGUUGUGAUAUGUAUUGAAAAAAUGUUGGAACAACUACCUCAAGUUAAUGCAAAAUGCAGCAUCUAUCGAAUUUCCAAAGAGCUAUGCGAGGUUAAUCGUAAAGCCUAUACCCCUCAACUCAUUUCUAUCGGCCCUAUUCACUGUGGUACUCAUAAAGAUUUGAUCGCCAAUGAACCAUAUAAGCUUCAAGGUUUUAUUAACUUCCUACGUCGUAUCAACAACAACAAGAUUGAAUCAAUGGAGGACCUCUUAAAAACUGGAGCAGUGAAUAUCCUUGUGGAAAAAGCUCAUCAUUGGGUGAAAAAAGCUCGCAAUUGCUAUGCAACUCCCACAAACAUGAUGGAUAUUGAUGAGUUUGUUAUGAUGAUGCUUGUGGAUGCUUGUUUCGUAGUGGAGUUUCUGAUACUAAAAUUUGACUGCGACCAUCCAGAUUGUAAGUUCUUUCAAAUUCAAGACAACGUAGAUAUUUCAUUCUACCAAGGAAUAGACUUGCAUAUACUUUAUGAUUUGAUAAAGCUGGAAAAUCAAGUUCCUUUCUUUCUUCUUCGGAAUUUGUUUAACCUGAUACCAAAACAUGAUGUCCCCAUGAUAAUCUUCUCCUUUGGAGAUCUUACACACAAGGCUCUUAAGUUUCGGUUGGUGCGUAAAUAUGAGAUUGAUUUGUAUAAAGAACCAAAGCAUUUGGUUGAUCUCUUAAGUUUCUAUUUUGUCCCUUUGCCCCUUGAUGAUAUGCAAAACAAGCAUCAUGGAUUCAAAAAUGGCGAGGAACAUAGAUGGAUUCCUCCAUCGAUAACUGAGCUUUGCGAGGCUGGUGUCACCAUCAAGAAGGCCGAAAACGCCAAAUAUGUAACCAACAUAACCUUCAAAAAUGGGGUUUUGGAAAUCCCACCUUUACAUAUUUACGAUGAAUUUGAACUUAUGUUACGAAACAUGGUAGCAUUUGAGCAAAUCUCCGCAGGAAAGAAGAACAAGUAUGUAAUCCAAUAUGUGUUAUUUAUGGAUGAUUUGAUAAGUACAGAGAAAGAUGUGCGUUUACUUGUGGAGGCCGGAGUCAUAAUCAACCAGAUUGGCGGUAGUGAUAAAGAAGUUUCAGAUCUAUUUAACAAUCUCUGUAAAUUUAUCACAGCCCCGAGAUCUUCUCACUUCGACCCUAUCAUCAAAGAUUUAUGUGAUCAUUGCAAUGGAAGGUGGAACAAGGCGAAAGCUUCACUAAAACAUAACUAUUUCAAUACGCCAUGGGCCUUUAUCUCCCUUUUUGCUGCGUCCUUACUCAUUCUUCUCACCAUUCUUCAAACCAUUUUCUCUGCUAUCUCAGCAUUUCCUAGCGCCUAAUCAGACCUGUCCCUACAUUUAUGUUGUAUUCUAUGUUUCUUCCCUUUUUAAUUACUUGCUUCUUUCACCUUCUUCAAGCUUAGCCUUGCAUUUAGAUAAGCAUGAUAUUCUAUAUUAAAACCCGGUUGACAUUGAAUGAAAAGUA